AUGCUGCCGCUGGAGAACGUGGCCACGCCCCUGCAGUCGGCGGACAACGCUGCCGCCUCGACUGCGCCCCGGCGAUCCCGGGCCUGCCAGUUCGGCGGCGCGCUCCUGCUCGCGUACGGCGCGCUGAAUGCCUGCAUCUGGAAGAAGUUCACGCCCGUCUACACGGCGACGGAGUGCGGAGACCAGCGCGCCGUCCUGGACGAGCUGUCGCUCGGCGCCAGCAGCAUCGAGAUGAGCAUGCAGAUCGAGGUGACCUGCACGAAUCCCAAUCCAUACGGUAUCGAGAUAUUAACGUCAACGCCUGGCAGGGUCUUCGUAAAGCUGGGCGAGAUGAGGAUGCAGAUCGGCGACCUGAAGGUGAUACCUGGGUCCAGCCUGCCGGAGCAGGGCACCGGAACGAUCAGGGUGCGGAUGGACGCCAAGCUGUCGGGCGAGCAGGCGGACGCACUGCUCCCGCACUUCCUGGAGGAUUCGGCGGUGCCCAUGCUGAUGGAGCCCAUGGGCAAGGAUGCCGCCAAAGGCUACCUUUCUUGCUCAAGUUGCCGCUACCGCUGGAACUGGAAGUCGCGAGAGCACUGCUUCUCCUGUGGCAAUGCGCUGGUCCCCUCGCCGCCGCCGCCGUGGCGCCAGGCCAAAGGAGUUUGGUCGCCAGGUGGUGAGGGUGGUGGCCAGCAAGGGCCCGCGCAUCCGCCAGGGACCUGGGCACCCAGCCGCCUGGAGGCACCGCGGGUCUCGACGCCACCACAGCGAGGGGCGGGCCAGCAGCCGACAAUGGCUGAGCUCCUCACGCAGCCCCAGCAGCAUGUCAAGGCUGACGCAGGAGCGCAGGAGCUGCAGGCCCUGGUCAAAGUGGUGGCUCCGCCCGCGCCUGCGCAGCCAGCCCGCCAGCCGCUGCUGGAGGAGACCAUCAGCGCGGAAGGCGUGGCGUGCAGGAGGGCGGAGAAGGCCUUGGAGCACGCGGUCCACCAGGAGGACGAGGCGCGGCGCUGGCUGGCGGAGUGCAGCCAGCGGGCCCAGGAGGCGGCUGUCUGGGCGGUGCAGGCCAAGACUGCUUGGCAAGAGGAGCUCAAGGCCGAGUUGCAGAAGGCCCGCGGCUCGGCGCCUGGGGCGGGGCCUCCGCCUGAGGCGGUGCAUGUGCCGACGGGCUCCCAGAUCAACCUGUCGCAGCUUGAGAUCGAAAUCGAAGACGAGGACAAGCAGCGGUGGCUUGCCCUCAAGAGCAACAUGGCGGCUGAGAUCCAGAAGGCAAUCGUGGCUGCCAUCGGGCCCAGCGCCGACAACAUUCAGCGGCUCAGGGCGGAAGCCAGGGACAUGCGGAAACGCUUGUCGGCCAAGCGUGCCCGCCAGUCCGACAGUGGCGAUGGCACCGGCGCCGCCGCAGCCUCCCAGCCUGGAACGCCACCCCCAGCGGCGCCUGUGGCUCCUCCUGCGGCUGGUGCUGCCGCUUCUGGUGCUGAGCCUGCAGGGCCUGGGUCGGCCACGACACCCACAGGGAGGGCCGACACCCCCAGCGCCCAGGAGCUGCAAGCUGCUGUCGACGCGGCCAGAGCCAAGCUGGCCGAAGGCGGUGGGUCGGGCCUCUAG